AUGUCCUACCUUCAGCAACAGCUCAAGAGCUUCAAUGCUAGCGUGGUGGAAUCUGCGAACCGCAUGCCUCAGCAGAGGCGUAUGGUCAGCAACCAGCCUGUCUCUGGCAGUAGUUCUCAGGUCCCUUCAUCAGCACCUACUCCGUCUUCGUCCGGUGAAAUGAAAAAGAAGAGACACGAUGCAGAUAUUGUCUACUCUCAACCUGCGAACACAGGUACGGGUAAGGAUAUCAUGACCCAGGUCCUGUUUGCGAUUGAACACAUGAAGGCCAAGGGAAUACCACUCAAGUUCGCCGAUAUCGUAUCCUACCUAUCGCUACAACACCGCGCGCACGAUCAUGGUUAUGUCCAGGCUCUUCGAAGCAUCCUGCAAAUGCAUGAGAAGGUGGAAUUCGACCCAAGCGGUGCCAACGGCGAAGGCACUUUUAGCUUCCGGCCUCCUCACAACAUUCGCAACGCGGAACAACUCCUCCAAAAGCUUCAAUCCCAAACAACAGCGGUGGGAAUGAGCGUUCGAGAGCUUCGAGAAGGUUGGCUCAACGCCGAAGAUACAAUUAACCAACUGGAGAAGGAAGGAAAACUCCUCGUCACUCGCAACAAAAAGGAUGACCAUCCCAAAAUGAUUUGGGCGAAUGAUCCAUCCCUCAUUCAGCGAUUCGAUGACGAGUUUAAGCAAAUUUGGGAUAAGAUCAAGAUUCCAGAUGCCCAGGCUGUCAAGGAAGCGCUGGAAAAGGCUGGCAUUACACCGACCAACAAGAACAAGGUUACCAAGGCUCGACCCAAAAUGGAACAGAAGAAGACCAAGAAGCCACGACGCAGCGGCAAAACAACUAAUACCCAUAUGAUGGGUAUCUUGCGAGACUAUUCCCACUUGAAGCGGUGA